AAGAAAGGUUUGUAUGCUUGUAUGGAGAGGCUUAUUUCUGAUAGUAGUGAUUUUAACCAAGCUGAUGCACAAAUGGAUGAAUAUCGAUACAAGCGUGGACUUUUCGGAAUGAGGGCGGCUCAAAAUUCAUAUAAAACACGUCCCCCAGUGGAAUGGUGGGAUCAAUUUGGAGAUCAUAUUCCAGAACUACGGGCUUUUGCGGUCAAAAUUCUUGGCUUGACGUGUUCUUCUUCCGCUUGUGAACGAAAUUGGAGCACAUUCAAUCAAGUCCAUACGAAGAGAAGGAAUCGUCUUUCAGCCAUUAAGUUGAAUAGUUUGGUAUUUAUAAUGUUCAACAAGAAGUUGAAGUUUAGGAAGAGCAGAUUACAAAAGAAAGAGGAUAAUUUGAUCUUCGAUAAUGUAUCAUCUGAUGAUGAGUGGAUUGCUGAACCGAAUGCAGAUGAUGGAGAAAGUGUGGAUGCACGUGAUGAACUUGCAUUAGUUGUUGAUGAAAUGGACAACGAAUUCAGAGGGGUGGACCUUACAGUUGGAACUGAAGAAGAUAAUGAGGCCCGUGAAAAUGAAGGAGAUGACAAUGAGAAUGACAUUACUAAUUUGGAUACUCAUGAAGAGGACGAUAGGCUUAGUUUUGAAGAUUAAUAGUUCCAAUUUGUCAAUUUGCAAACUUAAACUCCUAAACUUUUAUUUUCUUGUCUUAGAAUUUUAAUGUUUUAUGUUCUUUUGAGUUUUGACUUUGGUAUUUCAGUUUUAUAUUAUUUGGACUUGAAUAUUUUGUAGUUAUGAUAUUUUUACUUGUGAUUUUGUUUAGAUAUGUUAUUGUUAUGAAUUAUCUAUACCUUCUAAUAUGUCAUAGGCUUGUAGAUACACUUAAGCAAUUAAAUUUCGGGGCUUACGCCUCGUUACGCCUCGAGGCUUACGCCUCGGAAGGCUACCCCCGAACGCCUCGAGGCCCGAUUUCGCCUUUCAAAACCUUG